AAAAAGGGUGAGAGUAGGCAACGGUGCGCAGAGAGAGAGAGAGACCAGAAGUGUGUCGUGUCGCAUUUAAAAAGCAAAACCCUCUCUCUCUCCCCCCUCCCCUAAACUCUUUGCCUCCUUCCCUUUCCCUCCGAGCAAAUUCCGAUGGCCGCCGAUCCAAGUCAGCAGCAGCAGCUGGCCAUAAUUCUUGGCCCGGACCCGAGUCAGUUCGAAACCCUAAUCUCUCAUCUCAUGUCCUCCAGCAACGAGCAACGGUCGCAGGCCGAGGCCCUCUUCAACCUCUGCAAGCAGGCCCACCCGGACGCCCUCUUACUGAAGCUGGUCCAUGUGUUACAGGCCUCGACCCGACCCGAGGCCCGCACCAUGUCCGUCAUCCUCCUCCGGCGGCAGCUCACUCGCGACGACUCGUUCCUCUGGCCCCGCCUCAGGCCCUCCACUCAGUCGACCCUCAAGUCCACACUCCUCACUUGCCUCCAAUCAGAAUCCACCAAAUCCAUGGCCAAGAAGCUCUGCGACACCGUUUCGGAGCUCGCUUCCGCCAUCUUACCCGAUAACCAAUGGCCGGAGCUGUUGCCGUUCAUGUUCCACUGCGUCACCUCCGAUAAUUCCAAGCUCCAGGAGUCUGCGCUUUUGAUUUUUGCGCAGUUGGCGCAUUACAUCGGCGAAACCCUAGUCCCGCAGUUGACUACGCUCCACUCGGUCUUCUACCAGUGCCUGUCCAACGCCGCCGGCAAGAGCGCCGACGUCAGAAUUGCAGCACUCGGCGCCUCUGUCAAUUUCAUCCAGUGCCUGACCAGCGCCUCCGACAGGGACAGGUUCCAGGACCUGUUGCCCUUGAUGAUGCAGACUUUGACGGAGGCCUUGAACGGCGGUCAGGAGGCCACGGCGCAGGAGGCGCUGGAGUUGCUUAUCGAGUUGGCCGGGACCGAGCCGAGGUUCCUGCGGAGGCAAUUGGUGGAUGUGGUUGGCUCUAUGCUUCAAAUUGCGGAGGCUGCGUCCCUCGAGGAAGGUACAAGGCAUUUGGCCAUUGAGUUUGUCAUCACUCUGGCUGAGGCCAGGGAGAGAGCCCCCGGGAUGAUGAGGAAGUUGCCUCAGUUUAUUCAUAGGUUGUUUGCCAUACUUAUGAACAUGUUGUUGGACCUUGAGGACGACCCCGACUGGUACACUGCAGAUACUGAGAAUGAGGAUGCUGGUGAGACUAGCAAUUACGGCUUUGGACAGGAGUGUUUGGACAGACUUUCAAUUUCAUUGGGCGGCAAUACCAUUGUCCCUGUUGCUUCCGAGCUUUUUCCGUCUUACUUGGUUGCCCCUGAAUGGCAAAAGCACCACGCCGUGCACAUUGCCCUUGCCCAGAUUGCCGAGGGGUGCUCUAAGGUAAUGGUACAAAACCUCGAACAGGUGGUAUCAAUGGUAUUGAAUUCGUUCCAAGAUCCUCACCCACGUGUGAGGUGGGCAGCAAUUAAUGCAGUUGGGCAAUUGUCAACGGAUUUAGGCCCAAACUUACAAGAAAAGUAUCACCAGCGAGUGCUGCCUGCAUUAGCUGGAGCAAUGGAUGACUUCCAAAAUCCACGAGUACAGGCCCAUGCUGCUUCAGCAGUACUCAAUUUCAGUGAAAACUGCACCCCAGAUAUUUUGGUACCAUACCUGGAUGGAAUUGUUAGCAAGCUUCUUGUACUUCUACAGAAUGGAAAGCAGAUGGUCCAGGAGGGGGCUUUAACAGCUUUAGCAUCAGUUGCUGAUUCGUCACAGGAGCAAUUCCAGAAGUAUUAUGAUGCUGUAAUGCCUUACUUGAAAGCUAUUUUGGUUAAUGCAAAUGACAAAGCUAAUCGUAUGCUACGUGCAAAAUCAAUGGAGUGUAUUAGUUUGGUUGGAAUGGCUGUCGGGAAGGAUAAGUUCAGGGAUGACGCAAAGCAGGUUAUGGAAGUCCUGAUGUCAUUGCAAGGAUCUGAAAUGGAGGCAGAUGACCCCACAACAAGUUAUAUGUUACAAGCAUGGGCUAGACUUUGCAAAUGCCUUGGGCAGGAUUUUCUCCCGUACAUGAAUGUUGUCAUGCCUUCUUUGCUUCAGUCUGCUCAGCUUAAGCCUGAUGUAACAAUUACUUCUGCAGAUUCAGAUGCAGAAAUUGAUGAAGAUGAUGAUAGCAUUGAAAUGAUUACUGUUGGGGAUAAAAGGAUAGGGAUUAAGACUAGUGUUCUUGAGGAAAAAGCUACAGCCUGUAACAUGCUAUGUUGCUAUGCUGAUGAGUUAAAGGAAGGAUUUUUCCCGUGGAUUGAUCAGGUUGCUCCAACAUUGGUUCCUCUUCUCAAAUUUUAUUUCCAUGAAGAAGUUAGAAAGGCAGCUGUUUCAGCGAUGCCGGAGCUCCUACGCUCAGCCAAAUUAGCAGUAGAGAAGGGACAAUCUCAAGGUCAUAAUGAGUCCUACGUAAAGCAGUUAUCUGAUUACAUAAUACCAGCACUGGUUGAAGCAUUACACAAGGAACCUGAGGUAGAAAUUUGUGCCAGCAUUCUAGAUGCAUUGAACGAAUGUGUGCAGAGUUCUGGGCCACUUCUUGAUGAAAACCAAGUUAGAUGCAUCGUGGAUGAGAUCAAACAGGUGGUUACAGCAAGCUCAUCCAGAAAACAAGAGCGAGCAGAAAGGGCCAAGGCAGAGGACUUUGAUGCAGAAGAAGGGGAACUUCUGAAGGAGGAAAAUGAACAAGAAGAAGAGCUUUUUGACCUGGUUGGUGAUUGCUUGGGAACUUUGAUUAAGACAUUCAAGGCAUCUUUCUUGCCUUUCUUUGACGAGCUUUCCUCUUACAUAACACCUAUGUUGGGUAAGGAUAAAACUGCAGAAGAGAGGAGAAUUGCCAUUUGCAUAUUUGAUGAUAUUGCAGAGCAUUGCCGUGAAGCUGCUCUUAAAUAUUAUGAUACUUACGUUCCUUUCCUACUGGAAGCCUGCAAUGAUGAAAGUUCAGAUGUUCGUCAGGCUGCUGUUUAUGGGGUUGGUCUUUGUGCGGAGUAUGGUGGAUCUGUGUUCAAACCUCUUGUUGGUGAAGCUCUUUCUAGGUUGGAUAUGGUGAUCAGGAACCCCAAUUCACAACACUCUGACAAUAUGAUGGCAUAUGACAACGCUGUUUCAGCUCUUGGGAAAAUAUGCCAGUUCCACCGUGAUAGUAUAGAUGCACCACAGCUUGUCCCUGCCUGGUUAGGUUGUCUGCCUAUAAAAGGUGAUUUGAUUGAGGCCAAGGUUGUCCAUGACCAGUUAUGUUCAAUGGUUGAAAGGUCGGAUAGAGAGCUUUUGGGCCCCAAUAAUCAGUAUCUUCCGAAAAUAGUUGCGGUUUUUGCCGAGGUUAUAUGUGCGGGUAAAGACUUGGCCACAGAGCAAACAACUAGUCGAAUGAUUAAUUUAUUAAGGCAGCUUCAACAAACUUUACCGCCCUCUACCCUUGCGUCAACCUGGUCAUCCUUGCAACCCCAGCAACAGCUUGCAUUGCAAUUUAUACUCUCAUCAUAAUUCGUUUCUGAUGGCAUUGUUUUUUGUUUACGGAAAUUGCCGCUUCUGAUCAUUAUAUUUUCUUGCAUUGGUGGAUGCCUGAUUCAUUCCUCGAGAAAGUGCAUCUGCAUAAGUUGGCUUAUUGCAGUCUAGUCUCUGGUUCAAUAGUGCAUUCUUCGAUUCUGUUUUGGUUUUUGAUAAUUUAUUUGGCGUGUGGUUUGGCACAAAUGCCUGGUUGCAUUGUCUAGUUGUCAAAGGAUUAUGAAAAAAAGGUUGCGGAUAGUCAAAAUUUUGCAAUACAGUGUAUAUAUUAUAGAGUUGCUUA